AUGAGGCAAAGGCGGUGGUUGGAAACGGUCAAGGAUUACGAUUUCGAAAUACAUUACCACCCCGGGAAAGCCAAUGUAGUAGCAGACGCGUUAAGUCGAAAGACAGAUUAUGCCCCGAUACAAGUACAAUCAAUGCAGCUUAUUGUGACCUCGGGCUUACUAGAACGAAUUCGAGAAGCACAAGUUGAAGCGGUGAAGGUAGAAAACUGGAAAAAGGAAAGAAUUAUCGGCCAAUUUAAAGAUCUUGAAGAAGGCAAUCACGGGAAGGUAUCAUACCGCCUUGAACUACCGGAAGAAUUAAGCAGGAUUCAUAGCACAUUUCGUGUGUCACAUCUUCGGAAAUGUUUAGCGGAUGAAACAACCUAUAUCCACUACGAUGACAUCGAGGUGGAUGAUAGACUUAACUAUGUGGUGAAGCCCAUUGCGAUUUUGGAUCGUAAGGUGAAGACCUUAAGGAACAAAGAAAUCAAUCAAGUGAAGGUCAAAUGGGAACACCGGAAGGGUUCAGAUACCACAUGGGAAUCCGAGGAGGAGAUGCAACGACUCUACCCUACGUUAUUCGGUAGGUAA